AUGGCCACCAACGAGGGAGUCAAGGAUUCGCCGGCAAUGCCCAAAGCAGCCCCGAAGAGCAAGACCAAGACCAAGAAAAAGUCAUCCGAGACCGGGGAGCUCGACUACGACCGGGCUCAGCCUUUCGAUCCGAGAGAUGUGAGAGCGAUGGGAGCGCCGUGCCACGGCCAACACUUGGGCAAGAACUAUGCGAAUCAACACGCUGCUUGGAGCACAGGUACCCGUUGUGGACUUCGUCUACAGUAUGUCCCGCGAGCAGGAAAGACCGGCCUCCAUCGGGCUUCGGGUCCCCUCCUGCAGGACACACAGACUGUGAUCACCAAGGUUCCGGAAGAGAAGGAGACCUUGGAGUUCAAUCCUCGACUUCGCGAUCAGGCAGUGGAGAAAGUUCUUCCCAAGCAGGUCCCGGGCGCCAAGCCGAAGGAUCCUCCUCCGAACCGGGACAACGGGGCUCAUGGGAGCACGACUCCAGCGAUGAGCUCAAGCAAUGGUUCAGCAGUGCUCGUGGAGGACGACGAGCGUCCUUCCCUUCCAAAUCCAGGUGCCAGUCAGCCGGAUGCCAUGUCCAUCACUCCUCCCAACAAGCGCCAUCAAACAGCUCGUGCUGCUGAGAUGACUCGGUUGAAAUCCUUUUCGUAUGAUCAGUGUGAGAAGCUUCUCUUGCAGCUAGCGGCUGUGAAAGAGGCAGCAACGACCUCCAACCGGCAAGCCAUUGAGCCUGGAAAGAAUGGGUUGACUUCGGAUUCCCAGAGUUUUCAGGCUAAGGACAUGACGGAUGAGGGUGUCGGAAGUGCAGAUGAAAGUUCCAAUGCAGUGCUUUUGACCCAGGAUGUGCAAGACCGUCUCCGACUUUCCUGUGAAGAGGCAUGGGCCGAAGUGGAUCAGCUGAUUGAUGCUCAUGGUCGUGAUCAGUCCCGUGUUCAGGUUCUCGAGUUUGGUGGAUAUGCUGAUAGUUCAGAUGACACAUGGAGAUUGCGUGUGGAUCUCAGAGAGGAGCUCUUCAGUGUGGCGAGAUCGGGUGAUCUACAUGGAAUGCUCCAGACCUUUGUCUUCGGAGGUUCAUGGCUCAGUGAAAAUGGUGGACUCCGGGAGUUCGGUGUUUGCCAUGACUGCCAAGAAGGCGCAUCAGACAAGCUCUUGGCUGUUGCUGCUGAGUUUAAGUGCGAUGUUUGCCUUGAAAACCAGAUACGGUCUUCAACCCCAGCAGUGAGCCUUCGCCGUAAGGAUCGACUUUGGUGCACUCUUCAAAUAGAUGGCUUCUACAUGCGUUUUGGUCAGGAUGUUUUCCACUACUUGCUCAUGGUGGAUGAGGCAUCGGGCUUUUGCGUCAUGGAAGAGAUGCUGAGACAUAAGGGUUCAGAAAUGCGGCAAAUGACUACGGCUCAGGUGUGCAAAGUGCUGGAGCUACGAUGGUGCCAGAUGUUUGGUUUUCCCGAACGUAUUCGGCUCGAUCCUGAAGGGGCUUUUCGAGGGCUCGAUCUUGGUGAUUACUGUGCAUCCCGAGGUGUCGAGUUGACUUUUGUUCCCGCAGAGUACCACGAAGGGAUCUCCGAGGUGGAACGCUCUAUCGGGACAAUUAGACGUAAAGUAGAGACAUUCAUGCGUGCUGAACAGUUCCAUCCUACUCGAGUGGCAGCCCAAAUGGUAGCGGCCCACAACUCAUUGGCACGUUCGUCAGGUUGGUCACCAGCUCAAUGGGCCUUUGGACGUGAUGUGACCACUACUGGACAUAGCCGUGAACGAGAUGGGGAGGUCUGUGCUCAAAGUGCAAUGGCAGAUCCUACGGGUAGCAUGCAUGAUGCACUUCAAAUCCGCACCAGGGCCGAGAAGGCUUUCCUAGAAUAUCGAGAACGAGAACUGAUGUCCCGCGCCAUCAACAGCAAAACCAGGCCCGUGAAGCAGUUCCUGCCAGGCGAUUUGAUCUUUUAUCAGCGGUGCCAAGUUCCUCAGGAUACCCCUGCCAAUGUCGUGGUCGAUCGUGUCAAACGUGACGAGCCAGAGACCCCGGAAGAUGAUGAGAUGGAAAUGAUUCCAGCUUUGCCUCCAACCUCCUCAGCUGCGAUGAUGAGUUCCCAUCCGGACAUGGACCAGAAUCACGACUUUGUCUUUCACGCUUCAGAUGCGGAUCGGCGUGAUGAUGUUCAGGUGAGCGAGGAGUCUUCGCGACUCCGGUUCCUGAACUCAGUCAAGCACUUGGACUGUGCCCAGCGCCUGACUACCGACAGUUGCGUCUGGAGGAUUCGAGAUGCCUCCGGCACCGUAAUCGGUCUGGUAUCAUCUCAUGUGGAUGAUUUCCUCAUGGCUGGGGACACGUCAUCUCAGGCAUGGCAAACCUUCCUCAAGAAAUUCCAAUCGGCGCACGAAUGGUCUCCUUGGCAGUACGGUGCAUUCAAGCAUUGUGGAGUGCAAAUCAUGCAGCAUCCUGACUACUCAAUCUCCAUUGAUCACUCUUCUUUCUGCCAGGAAUUGAAGCAAAUGGAUCCCAUCAAAGAGAGUCGGAAACUCCGUCCUGAAGAACUAAGUCAGGUUCGUGCGAUUUUGGGGUCCAUACAAUGGAGAGUUUAUCAAAGUGCGCCGCAGCAUGCUGCGAAGCUCAACUACCUGCAAUCCUUGGUCGCGUCUCAAGAUGCAAGCAUCGUGGAUCAGGUAAACAAGUUGGUUAGAGAGGUUUUCUCCGCGAGAAGCUUGUCUGUGCAGGUACAAGCUCUUGGAGCGGAGAGCGCUGAGGAUCUGUGCAUGGUCGGGUGGUCAGACGCCUCUCUGGCGAAUAGACCGGACUUCUCCUCCACCGGUGGCUACAUCAUCGCCUUGAUGAACAAGAAGGCUUUUGAGGACGGUGUCGGGCGUGUGAACCCAGUUUCCUGGCGCAGCGGUAAACUUCAUCGUAUCGCCCGAAGUAGCCUUUCCGCAGAAUCUCAAGCACUUGCCGAUACGGAGCAAGAGCUGUUCUAUGCUCGGUUGGAGUGGAGAGAGAUGUUGGGUGAUGAUCUCUCACCUGGCAAUUAUGAGACAGUGUCCCACCAGAUGCCGGGCAAUUACGAAAGCGUGGCACGAAGAAUGGCAGGAAGCCAUGAGGGUGUCGCGCGGAGAAUGCCAGGCUAUUUGAUUGUGGAUGCCAAGGCGAUGUACGACACGCUCUCCAAGGGUGUCCUCGUCUCUAGCCAGAAGGAUAAGUACACCGGGCUUGAGCUACUUGCACUGAGCCAGCACUUGGAGGCACAGCAGACCACUCUACUGUGGUGUGACUCAGACCAUCAAUUAGCCGAUGGCCUCACUAAGGCUAGUAAGCAAGAUGUGCUGAAGCG